AUGUCCAGAUCACCGUCAUCAAGAUCAUACAAUUCAGUACUAGACUUCAAGUCAAAUUCUCCUACUACUCCCACUGGCUCCUCAAUCAGUAAGUUAUUGCCUAAAGGUUGGGUGGUUCAAAAAUUCGGUGGUACUUCGGUGGGUAAAUUUGCCAGUGAAAUAGUAGAUAACAUUGUUAAGGACUUUGUCAAUCUGAAUCAAGUUGCUGUGGUAUGCUCGGCAAGAUCAUCAAAGACAAAGAGCGAAGGUACAACAUCUAGGUUAAUCAGACUGGCUGAAUUGGCCGCUGAUAAUGAGGAUUUUGGUGCUCUCCUAGAUAUUAUAGAAAAAGACCACAUUGAAAACUGUGGGAGCUUAGUUGAGCUGGAAGCAGUUAGAUCACAAUUGGUUGCAGACAUUAAGGCCGAGGUAAAACACGGACGUGAGUUGCUUCAUGCAUGUCAAAUUAUUGGAGAGAUUAGUCCCAGAUCUUUGGAUUCGGUGAUGUCAAUUGGAGAAAAAUUAUCGUGCAUUUUCAUGACUGCAUUAAUGAAGGACCAUGGAUUGAAAGCUGUAUAUAUAGAUUUGUCCGACUUGAUCCCAUUGAGUUAUGAUUUCACUGAUGGGUUCAAUGAUGAAUUCUAUAAAUUCAUGGCAAGGGAAAUUGGUUCCAGGAUAAACCAAGCGACAGAGGGAGAGGAAGACGUCAUUCCUGUGAUUACUGGUUACUUUGGUAUUGUACCAGGUGGAUUACUUAAUGGGGUCGGAAGAGGUUACACCGACUUGUGUGCGGCUUUGGCUGCAGUAGGACUUCAGGCGGAGGAGUUGCAAAUAUGGAAAGAAGUCGACGGAAUAUUCACUGCCGAUCCAAGAAAAGUGCCCACCGCUAGACUAUUAGAUAGUGUAACUCCGGAAGAAGCCGCUGAAUUAACCUACUAUGGAAGUGAAGUCAUACAUCCAUUUACCAUGGAACAAGUUAUAAAGGCCAAAAUCCCCAUUAGAAUCAAAAAUGUCAUCAAUCCUCGUGGUAACGGCACAAUCAUCUACCCUGACAAUAUUGCAAGACGCGGUGAAGAGACCCCACCUCAUCCACCUGCUGCAUAUGAAACAUUACCUGUUAGUUAUAUCACCACACACAAGAGAAGAUCAGCAACGGCAAUCACCGCCAAGCAAGAUAUUGUUGUAGUCAAUGUUCAUUCCAACAAAAAGACUUUGAGUCAUGGGUUCCUUGCCCAUCUUUUCACAACCUUGGACAAGUAUAAAUUGGUGGUUGAUUUGAUCUCAACUUCGGAAGUGCACGUGUCCAUGGCCCUUUCAGUUCAAGCCGACCAAGAACACCAAUUGAAACACGCAUUGGCUGAAUUGAGCAAGAUGGGAACUGUUGACGUGACGAGAAAGAUGACCAUUGUCUCCCUUGUCGGCAAGCAGAUGGUAAACUUCAUUGGCAUUGCUGGAAAUAUGUUUAAAGUAUUGGCUGACGAGAAAAUCAAUAUUGAAAUGAUUAGUCAGGGGGCUAAUGAGAUAAAUAUAAGUGCAGUCAUUAAUGAGAAGGAUACUCUAAGGGCCUUGCAAUCAAUACAUGCUAAAUUAUUGGAGGGGAAUUACGUUUACGAAGGUUCAGAGAAUGGUGCGUCUGCUGUUGAUAUAAGGUUAGAGGCAUUAAAGUUUGCGUAA